AUGAACGACCCAGAGGCUAAACCCCCCGACACCCUGGACAACCAGGUCCUGGCCGACAUUGGAUACAAGCCCGAACUGAAGCGCAACUUUUCCAAGCUGCAAAUGUUUGGAAUCGCCUUCUCCAUCAUGGGCUUGCUUCCCUCCAUCGCCACAACUCUCUCCUACACACUCCCAGCAGGGCCCUACGGAAUGGUGUGGGGUUGGUUUGUGUGUGCGUUUUGCGUCAUGAGUGUGGGGCUCACCAUGUCCGAGCUGGGAUCGGCACUACCUACUUCGGGCGGUCUGUACUGGUGGACCUUUUAUUUUGCGCCCGACAAGCUGAAGCGCCCGUUGUCGUUUCUGGUUGGCUACUCCAACACCCUGGGCCUGACUGGAGGAGUCAUGUCCAUUGACUAUGGAUUUGCACAGAUCUUCACCAGUGUGAUCAUUGUGGCAACAGAUGGACGCUGGAACCCGUCCAAAUACACCGUCUAUGGCAUCUUUGCCGCCUGUGUGGUGUCUCACGGGUGCGUGGGCUCUCUGGGAACACACCAUAUGGCCAAGUUCCAGACCAUGUGCAUUUUCAUUAACUUUGCCGUGAUUCUGGUGGUCAUGAUUGCUCUGCCAAUCGGCGCCAGAAACAGACUGAACACUGGAGAGUACAUGUUCUCCCACAUUGACAACCUGACCGACGGCUGGCCCGACGGCUGGGUGUUUUUUCUGACAUGGCUGUCACCCAUCUGGACGAUUGGAGCGUUCGAUUCGUGCGUGCACAUGGCCGAGGAGGCCGCAGACGCCACCAGAGCUGUUCCGUUCGGAAUCAUCUCGUCAAUCGGUGCCUGCUGGGUCCUGGGCUUCUGUCUCAACAUUGUGUUUGCAGCCGUCAUGCCCCAUGAUAUUGCCCCGCUCUUGAACACCAAGUUUCAACAGCCGAUGGCCCAGCUGGUUUACGACUGUUUGGGAAAAAACUGGACGAUUGGAAUUAUGUGCAUUUUCUUCUGUCUACAGUGGACCAUGGGCCUUUCGAACGUGAUUGGAGCGUCGCGACAGUCCUGGGCCUUUUCGAGAGAUGGAGCUCUGCCCUUCUCCACAUUCCUCAAGGUGGUCAACACCAAAUACUCAAAUCCCAUUAGAUGCGUCUGGGGAAACGCCCUUUUGGCUCUGGCUCUGGGCUCCAUCUGUAUGAUCGAUGCUACUGCUGCCGCCGCCAUCUUCUCCCUGUCGGCUGGAGGCAACUAUCUGGCGUGGUUCAUCCCACUGACUCUGAAGCUGGUGUUUGGACAAAACAAGCUGACUCCGGGCCCGUUCUAUCUAGGCAAACGACUCUCCAUUGCUAUUGGAACCUUCGCGUCCACCUAUCUGUUCUUUGCAAUCAUCCUGCUGCAGUUCCCCGGCACCACAGCCCACCCAGACAAGCUGUCCAUGAACUACACAUGCGUCAUUCUGGCCGGCGUCUGGGGAGGCUGUCUGACAUACUACUUUCUGUUUGCUCACAGAUGGUACACGGGUCCCAAAACCACCGUCGAUGUGGUCGAUGGAGUGGGCGAGUCGUCGUGCGAGUCGAUUGAGCUGGUGGAUGAGUCCGAGGGCGAAAAGAAGAGGGUGGUCAACGACUACUCGACGAGUCAUUCCACGAGUCAGACCACGUUAGAGUGA